AUGCCCCAUUCUGGAAGCAACACCGAAGACGCCGCAGCGCGUCGCCAAGCUCAGAAGAAUGUUCGGCCGAACCAGCAUGCAGAUGUAGUCGAUGAGACUAAAACCAACGGCUCCAUGCGGGCAACUGAAUCAAGUAAAACGCAGCCGCCCCAGCCCCGAUCACCCAUAACAAAACGCACAUGGACCAUACCUCUAAUUCUAUUGAUUACAAUUCUUGGUCUAUACGCCAUCGAUCCGACGGAGAGCCACAUACUCCAUCAUUUCCUCUUCCUCUCUUACAGGCAAGAGCCGCUGGAACCCGGAGUCCCGGCGCAAUAUGGCAAGGGACUAUGGGACAUCGCAUUCGUGGUGUUCUAUACUAUUUUCCUGACGUUCACGCGUGAGUUCAUCAUGCAGGAAAUACUGGACCCACUUGCUCGCAUCUCUCCGAUUAGAUCGUGUGCGAAGCAGUUGCGCUUUAUGGAGCAGAUGUAUACUGCGAUCUACUUUGGGAUCAUGGGCCCUGCUGGUCUGUAUGUCAUGCGUCAGACGCCUGUCUGGUAUUUCAACACGACUGGCAUGUAUGAAGCCUUUCCGCAUCGCACUCAUGAGGCGGCGUUUAAAUUCUAUUACCUGUUUGAGGCGGCUUACUGGGCCCAACAGGCUCUUGUAAUGUUUCUCAGAAUGGAAAAGCCGCGCAAGGAUUACAAGGAGCUUGUUGCGCAUCAUAUUGUUACUUUAGCUCUCAUCGCGUUGAGUUAUCGGUUUCAUUUCACUUAUAUUGGUGUUGCUGUCUACACAACCCAUGAUAUCAGUGAUUUCUUUCUGGCUGUAUCCAAAUCCUUCCAUUAUAUCGACUCAGAUCUGGUCAUACCUUCUUAUGCUUUGAAUGUAUUCACCUGGAUCUAUCUGCGCCAUUACCUAAAUCUACGGAUUCUCUACUCUCUGCUGACCGAGUUCCGGACUGUCGGGCCUUAUGAACUCAACUGGGAGACACAGCAGUAUAAAUGCUGGAUCUCCAAUAUUAUCACUUUUGCCUUGUUGGCCCUGCUACAGAUUCUCAAUAUCUUCUGGCUGUAUUGUCUUUUGCGUAGUGCGUGGAAGUUCCUCGCUUAUGGCGUUAAGAAGGAUGAUCGGUCUGAAGAUGAGUCUGAGCUUGAGGAGAUUCAUGAGAAGGCUUCUUGA